UGAUAAGUAGGCAAAUGUACGUGAGCAAUCUGUCUGAGCUGUCUGUCUUGUUCUUGUAGUUUAUACUCACUAUACUACUACCAAAUACUAUAGAUAAGAUCUAUGGUAUUUGCUACUACUCAGGUUUUAGUUGUAGUUAUACAACUUAAGUUACUGUCUGCUAGUAAAAAUGAUAAUUACAAAGCAGGUAUGUAGAAAAAUUGCUAUUUAGUAAUUCGUAGUGGAUGUAAUAAAUUGUAAUUUACCGAGAAUGUAUAAAACAACGUUCUAAACAAAUUUCAAAGAUGUCAAAAUUAAUGAAUAUUAUAAAACAUUCAUAAAUCUCAACUGCAGCAAUGGUGUAUAGAAGCAUAACUGGAAAUAGGUCCAAAAUAUGUGCAUUGCCAAUGCCUCUAUUAAUGGGCUUUUUUAUUGGUAUUAUGUCAGUUUAUACUUAUUAUUUGGUUAUGAAUUAUGAAAACAACACAAAGUUAACUCCAGUUCCAGCUACACAUUUUAACAGUCAAAUAAAGUUGAAUCAUCGCCAUUAUCAUCUAGUGGAUCUAACAAAACCAACCAUAAAUCAUAAUAUAUCACUAUUGUGUCUUAUAUUUAUUAAUGAUAUAGACUCAUUACUUAUGCAACACAAUGUUUGGCUUGAUAAAUGUGGCAACAACAAAAUUUAUGUGAGUAAGCAAGAGCAUAAAUAUAUUGGUCAUGUUGUAACUGAUACUUAUUCUUCACAACCAUGGAAGUAUUACUGCCAGACUUUAAUGUUCUUACAUUACAAAUAUAAUUAUCAGAACAUUAAAUAUGAUUGGAUAUUUUUGGCCAAGGAUAAUGUUUGGUUAAUUUAUGAAAACUUAAUACAUUUAAUAUCAUUAUUGAAUGUCAAUAAACACAAACAUAAUUAUUAUGCUGGGCAAUACAUCAAUGGUACAUUAAAUAUCAACGCUGGUGUACUGUUUAAUACAAAUACAUUAACAGCUUUAGUGCAUUUAAUCAGUAAUAUGGAUGGUUGUAACUCGGAAGUAUCUAUCAGUGAAAGUCAAAUGUUAGAUUAUUAUUUAAGAAAACUGAAUAAUGUUAUACCAAUUAACAAUAUGGAUUCAUACGGUUGUACCUUGUUUCAUUCAAUAAAUCUUUUUAAAGGUUUUAAUGUAAAAAGCUUGAGACCUGAAAUACUUGAUAAAUGUAUGAGUAGAUUUGCUAUUACAUUUCAACUAGACUUAUCUUCAAAUCACUAUGCAAUGUUUUACAAGUAUGUCUUAUACAAAAUCAGAUUAGUAACCAAACAAGAUCUAAUGUCUAAUGCUAAUAGAAUUAUAGCAGAACCUUCCCCAGAAGAUGUAAAUAUUUGGAGGAGGGAAACACUUUAUGAAUUGAAUUACGAUCCUAGUAAUACGUCACAAACAGAUUUUUUUUACUACUGGUUUAAGAAACGUCAAAUCAUAUUAUAAUUGUUAAGUUCUAACUAUUUUAAUUUAGAUACAUUGGUUGUGGUUUCAGUGGUAUGGUUAACUAAAAAUUUCAAUUUAAAUUAUUCUUAUCCAAUAUUCACCAAUAACUAUUCUCAGUCAAUUUAUAUCAAACAUUUUGCUGAAAAUAGAAUUUGAUUCACAAUACUGUUUUAUGGAAUUACCCUUUAUAUUAUUUUCUUUCCAUACCAUUGUAAUAUUUAAAAAAACAGGGUAUAAUUUGUAUUUUUAAGGCAAGUAUUUGUAAUUUGUAACGGAAGCAUACAACUAACUUCUAGUCUGUAAAUUCUAGUGAAAUUAUGUAGCUAUUUUUAUUUUUUUGUAAUUAUGUUUGUUU